ACAACGUGGCACUUUUGACGCGGAACCGUGAGAUCGUGUAGAGCUCUCUGUGUGGUCUGUAGCAAAAAACAAGUUAUCUCUCUCAGUUCUCUCUCGUUCCUCCUAGGACUCUGUCAUUCUUCUGUCCUGCUGCUGUUUGGGAUACCGGUACUACCAUAUUAGGAGAGAGAGAUGCCUCGUUACAAGGGAGAACUGGUCAGUGAGGAGGACUCCCCCGACGAUCCUAAGCUGCACGUCUUCGAGUACAGCAGUAGCGAUCCUUCUGCGAAGAGAACGAACUAUAGAAAGGAAAUCAUCGCUAUGGAGUCUUGCAUCUUCAUCAACCGUUGGAACCUCGCAAGCAAGCACUCCAAAACCGACGACGACGAAGGCAGCGGACAGGAUGAAGAAGAAGAAGGAGAAGAAGAAGACGACACACAAAAGCAAGAACACCACCCUCACCCUCCCCCCCUGGGCCCCAUCAAACAGGGCAAAGAAUUCGACGGGUACGUCAUCAAGUGCCCGAACGGCUCUUACGAUUAUGCCAUUAAGCUCUGGGACUCCGGAAGGGUAGCUCCCAUGGACGACUGGUAUCCCAAAAAGGACGAAGAGAUUCCGGGCGUGGUAAUUGACAGGAAGGGAGAUUACCUGGUCAUUGCUUGCGGGAGCAACAUUGCCUACGCUACCAAGAAGAGCUUCAUGCAUGCCGGUACGGGGUUAGAGAGAGAGAGAGAGAGGUUUAGUCUUCUAAACCCUAACCACAACUACUUAUACUUCCAUAAAAACGAAAACCGGGUACUGUCUCUAGUUGAGAGAGAGAGAGAGAGAGAGAGAGAGAGAGAGAGAGAGAGAGAGUUGAAGAAUAUUUGGUAAACGGUUUUAAAUUGAUGGAAG